AAGCUUUUUAAAAAACACUGAGGUUGUGUCGGCGGCAGAAAUAUUAGUGGGAGGGUUGGAUGGACAGGAGCGAGACUCAGACCUCCCUGUCUCCCUCUGUGUGUCUCUGCUGUCAUUUGGCUGCCGGUGGUCCCCGGACACACAGACUAAUGUCGGGCCGCAGGGUUGGUUUCUGGCUCAGCGAUAAGAAACGCAGGAGGAUGAACCUGGACGCUUUUGCAGAUUUCUGUGCGGACCAUGGAGUGGAAGUGGUGGAGAUUGACCUCACUCAGCCACUGGGGCCCCAAGGACCCUUCGACGCCAUCGUUCACAAGCUGUCUGAUGUCAUUGUGGAGGCUGAGCACGACAGCCAAUCAAAGCAGCUCCUCGCCAACUUCGAGAGCUAUGUGUCAGCUCAUCCCCGUACAGUUCUUCUGGACCCCCUGCCUGCCAUGACUCAGCUAUUAGACCGCUUUGCCUCAUAUCGGAUCAUGAGCAAGCUGCACAGUUCACUCCAAGACUGGCGCAUCUGCAGUCCUCCUUACCUGGAGAUCCACAGCGCUGGUGACCUGUCAUCCAUUCAGCAGGCUGUGAUGAGCCAGGGUCUCAGCUUUCCUCUCAUUUGUAAAACCAGGGUGGCACAUGGCUCCCUGUCCCAUGAGAUGUCUCUGAUCUUCAGUGCAGGGAGUCUGGCUGAUAUCCGUCCUCCCUGUGUGCUCCAGAGCUUCGUCAACCACGGGGCUGUUCUGCACAAGAUGUUUGUGGUCGGAGACAGACACUUCUGCGUAGAAAGGCCCUCACUCAAGAACUUCCCCUGCGGCCCCUGUGACAGGAAGACCAUCUUCUUCAACAGCCAUCAGGUGUCCAAGCCGGAGUCGAACUCUGAUCUCACAGCACUGGACGAGCAGAUGCCUUGCCUACCUCCUCCCAGCUCAGAGGCCAUGGCCGCGCUGGUCAGAGAGCUCCAACUUCAGCUCGGCAUGGCUCUGUUUGGCGUGGACGUCAUCAUCAACAUACACACACACACCCUCACUGUCAUCGACAUCAACAUCUUCCCAGGCUAUGAGGGAGUGCCCCAGUUUUUCUCCUCCCUGCUCAGCCACAUCGAGUCAGUGUUGGACAAACAGGCCUCUGCUGGCCCCGAGGCGACCGGCGCUCCGUAGUCAACACAGACCGCAGGAGGUCAAUCCGCUGCCACAAGUAGCCUUUAAGUCACCUCAGGGGCACAGCAGGGAUUGUUCUGCGUUUUAUCAGCUUUCCAGGACAAAUAAAGUCAUCGGCAGUGGCUUUUUCACUGUUUUUGGACCAAACUCCAGACUUGGCUUUUAGCCAUAAUAGAUCAUUUAUAUUUAAUGUUUAACAUGACUUGAUCUUUGACUGUAUUGCCUGAAAAUCACACUAAUUUUGAGCUGUUUUACAAGCUGACACACCAUUAGAAGACACAUGAUGGCGUAAUACACUUUAUGUUUAUUGAUUGACAGGUAGCAUAGAAGAAGGUACAGCAGGCACAAAAUACAGCACUCUGAUUGGCCAGUAAUAUUACAAAUGGUGUUUUUGUCAUCAUAGUAUUUUUUUUCCCCUUUUCGAAAUGUCCUCUAUGCCCUUAUAUCACACCGUCCCCCCCGCCCACACAGACAUUCCUACGUGCUGGUUUGUAAGAUACAUUUUUGUGGAAGCCUUUUGCGCUAUCAUAGAAAAAGGAAAUGACAGAACAUUAUUUUUUCAUUCACAAGAACAAAAACCUCAUCUUUGGAAUAGACAGUGAGCUCAUCAGUGUUGACCGACUGUGUGUUAUCACUACGUGUUUAGACAAGUUGACCGACCGGCUACUCUGCCAGUGUUUGAAUGUAUUGUAAAUCUUGGCUGUGUAGAAAAAGAGAGAUUAUAUCUGCUAUAUGAAUCCUCUAUGAUGCACUUUGACAACAUAUUAAAAUACAUGUAAUAAUUCA